UCCACGUCAAGCUCUCUCUGGUGACAGCACAGCACCAAGCUGAGAUGGCAGACUUAGUGCGUUGUCUGAACCGGUAAAUACGUACACGAUAAAGACGACUGAUAUAAUAGACCAGAUAAUCUUCUCGUUAAUGUUAUGCGGAUCAUCCAGUUUCGAGCUUGUUUAGGUUCGUAAAUCCACCGGACUAGUCUGACUGCAGUGAGUGACAUGUCCUGCUAGCAAGCCUAGGUUAGCAUACUAGCUAUCCAGCCAACUACAGUAGCUAGCUUGCCAACCAGUUUCACUCUACCAAAUUGACAACAUCACAAAGGUGACAAAAGCUAGUUUUUUUUUAAAAAGUACAAGAAUUCACAAAGAACGUUUCUAUGAGUUUUGACAAGAGAGCUGAAUUGUAUGAGGGUAGGGUCAAAGUCGAUCGCCACCUUACCAGCUAGCUAGCCUAACUUCAGCUAGCCAGUGUUCGGCCUGUUUGUUAUUGUUUAGCUAACUAGCUAGUUAUUCUCGAAGAUGUCAUCGUGGCUGGGUGGAUUGGGCUCCGGCCUGGGCCAGUCUCUCGGCCAGGUCGGAGGAAGCCUCUCCUCAUUCACCGGACAAAUAUCCACCUUCACCAAAGAUAUGCUUCUGGAAGGAGUUGAAGAAGUCGGAGAUGCUUCCACUGAGCUGCUGGCGUCCAGUUCUAAGCUGGAGCAAGUGGAGGCUGAGUACGAGCGUUUAAAGAGGAUCCAUGCAGAGCUGGAGGAGAAGCUGGAGGCCUCAGAGAUCCAGAUUAAACGGCAGUCUGCUGAGUACAGGACCCUGAUGCAACAGAAAGAUGUGGAGAUCAGCCACCUGAAAGCCCGUCAGAGUGGACUACAGGAAGAGGUCCGGAAGCUACAGCACUCUGCUCAAUCGGUUACCUCCGACCCAGCUGUACUUCCGGUCACCACCACCGCCUCCACCACCACUACCUCUUCCUCUUACAUGUCCCGCCCCCCGGGGGCCGCCCUCCACCAGGGUUUCCAUGGCAGCAGCGACGAGAUGGACUUCAGUGACGUCAUCUGGUCUCAGCAGGAGAUUAACCGUCUGUCUGCGGAGGUGAUGAGGCUGGAGGCUGAGGUUUCCCACUGGAGACGCGUGUCUCAGGCAUCCAUACCCCCAGGAGCAGGAAACGGUGACCAGGGAGAGGUCCUGAAGCUUCAGAGGAUCAUAAAGGAGCUGCGUGAGGAGAUGGGCCGCGAGGUAGAUGAACACCAGCAUGAGUUAGCAGCGCUGCAGGACGCACAGAGACAGAAGAUGGCCGACAUCACCCGGCGCCACCGGGACGAGCUGGCAGAGUACGAGGAGAGGAUAGAGGAGCUGGAGGAACAGAAACAUACUGGGGGUACUAGUCCAGCCACAGCCAACGCUCCUCAGGACUCCUCCGUGCCCUCUGACCUCCAGAGCACCAUCCAGACCUUAAAGGAAGCAGCAGAGGAGCAGGAGGAGCGGCUGAAGGAGCUGACAGCCGGUCUGGAGGAGGCAGGGAGGAGACAGGCCACGCUGCAGCAGGAGAAAGAGGAGACGCGGGCAGAGAACGCUGAGCUGUUGCAGAACUACACUCGGCUGCAGACGUCUGUCACGGAGCUCCAGACGCGUGUCCAGGAGCAGGAGGGGAAAGCCCGGAAUAAGACCCAGCUAGACCAGGAGAUACUGGGGCUGAGGAAAGCUCUCGCAGGUGCAGAGAAGGAGAUCUCGAGGCUGAAGAGUCUUCAGAGUGAACCAAAGAUGGAGGUGGAACACGCAGACGUUCUAGAACUCAACACCAUCAUCGGGACGUUGAGGAAAGAGAAAGAAUUGGUGAAACAAGACAAGCUGACUCUACAGGAGAGACUUGCCAGUGCCGAGGAGAGAGUGGAGGCGGACAGCCUUGAUGGAGGCGGGUCCUCGGAGCAGCUAUCUGGGCUGAGGGCGGAGCUAGAGAAGAGCGAGCAGUCCUUGAGAGAGACCCAGGAGGAACGAGAUACCCUCCUCAACAAGCUGGAAGAACUGGACAGACAGAACCAGGAGGCUACGCAGCAUGUGAUCUCAGUGAAGGAGCAGCUCUCCGUUCAGCUGAAGGAAUCUGAGGCCGAGGUGGCCAGGCUGAAGUCAGAACUCAGUACCGCCACCGACCAGAGGGUGGCGCUGCAGCAAGAGCUGCAGGCCCAGCAGGAGAAACUGAGCCAGAGUGCCUUCACUCUCAACGACCUACACAUGGGCAAGCAGGAGCUGGAGGGCACCGUUAAGGUGCUGAGAGACAAACUGGGACAGGCAACAGAGAUGGGCAAUGAGGCACGCAGGGAGACCCAGGAGCUCCAGAGAACAUUACAGGAGAGGGAGGAGCAGCUGUCUGCUGCCCGGGCAGAGCUGUGUGAGGCUGGGGAGAGAGGGAGAGAAUCCGGUGGGUCCAGAGAGCAACUGGAGAAGGAACUAGAGGAGCUCAGGAGAGAACUGGCUGAGAUGAGGAGCUCCCAGGAGAAGGUGAUGUCAGAAGACUACGAGAUGAAGAUGAAGAACCAGAGGCUGAAGACAGAGGCUGAGCAGGCCCAGGGGAGGAUAGAGGAGCUGGCCAGGCAGGUCAGGGAGGUCCAGGCCGCUCUCAGCAGGACGGUCCUGGAGAAAGACACCCGCAUCGAGGCUCUGAAGCUGGAGAAGAGCCAGCUGGAAGGGGAGCUGGGACAGGCAGAGAGGGGCCUCCAGGAGCAGACCAGGCAGUACCAGCAGACCGUCGAGGAGCUGACCGCUGCUCGCUCCAUGGACGCCUCGGCACUGCAGACGGAGCACGAGAGGACGGUGAGGCUGAACCAGGAGAAGGAUCUGGAGAUCUCCCAGCUGAGGAGAGACGUGGAGCAGAUGGCCUCCGACCACCGAGACACCAACGAGAUGCUGUCCAUCACCGUGGCCGGACAGAAACAGCUGACCGACCUCCUCCAGGAGAAGGACUCCUUCAUGGAGAGCCUGAGGUCUAGCGCGGCCGCCACCCAGAGGGAGAUGGAGGCCGCGGUCCAGGCAGCCACAGAGGAGGCUGGGGCCCUGAGGGCAGCUCUGGAGGAGAAGGACAAGCAGCUGGGAGGCAUGAAGGAAGACAAGAGCCACCUGAAGGAGGAGAUUGACCGCCUCAGGGACCAGCAGAGCAGACCCCAGCACCCCGGCCUGGCCGAGCCACGCACCCUGGACAUCAUCACAGAACUGGAGACUGAGAUCAGCCAGCUGAAGAGCUCCAGAGACGGGCUGGGGGAGGAGGUGCAGGCCCUGAGGAGGAGAUUGGAGGAGCAGCGGGAUCGCCUCCUCUCCUCCCAGCAGUCUGUCCAGGCGCAGCAGAAUGAGUUGGAUCAGGCCCAUCAACGCCACGAGCAGAGCAGAGAGAACUACGAUAGGCUGAUCCACGCCAAGGACGAGGAGAUUGGGCGCCUGCAGCAGGAAGUAGAUCACCUCGGCCACACCCGCUCCUCCCAGGAACAGGAAGUGGUCAUCCUCCAACAGGAAGACAAGACCCAGUCGUCUCUGAAUAACGGAGAGAACUGCAACGAGAAACAUGACCUGUCAAAGGUGGAGAUAGACCGUCUGGUGAAGGGCAUCAAGGAGAAGGAGACGGAGAUCAGCCAGCUGAAUGAGAAGAACCUGAACCUGACCAGACAGUUGGACCAGCUGGCGGUCUCCAGAGAGGAGAUUGGGAAACUCUCCCAGAUGGUCCUGCAGAAGGACCUGGAGAUCCAGGCGCUGCACGCUAGAGUCUCCCUGGCGGGAGGAGGCCACAGCCAGGACAUGAUGUACCUUCAGCAGCAGCUGCAGGCCUAUGCUGUUGAGAGAGAGCAGGUGUUGGCGGUGCUGAAUGAGAAGACACGGGAGAACAGUCAGCUGAGAUCAGACUACCACCGCAUCAUGGACAUCGUAGCAGGGAAGGAGGCUGUGCUCCUCAAGGUCCAGCAGGAGAACCAGCGGCUGUCCACCACGUCAGACCCCUCAGGGAGCCAGGAGAUGUUCAGAGAGACCAUCCAGAACCUGUCCCGGAUCAUCAGAGAGAAGGACAUUGAGAUCGACGCGCUGACCCAGAAGUGCCACACCCUGGUCUCGGUACUGCAGGCAGGAGACUCCGGAGGAGUCAGCUCCAACCAGUUUGAAGAGCUGCUGCAGGAGAGGGACACCUUGAAACAGCAGGUGAAGAAGAUGGAGGAGUGGAAGAUGCAGGUGAUCACCACGGUAAAGAACAUGCAGCAUGAAUCAGCCCAGCUGGUAGAGGAACUCCACAAGUUACAGGGACAGGUGGAUGCAGACAACGACUGCACCUCCAAUCUCUCCGUGGACUACAGCCGUCUGAUCCACAGCUAUGAGCAGAAGGAGAAGAAGCUGGGGAGUCUCAGUCACGAGCUAGCCAACGUCCAACAGACCAUCAGCCAGCUGAGCAGCACUAAAGAUGUCCUCCUGGGGAAACUGGACAGUGUGGCCCAGAGUCCUGAAGUCACCACGCUGUCUGCUGCCCAGCUUCCUGCUGCAGUAGAACCUCCCAGAGACCAGGUGGCAGCACCACCUCCAGGGAACCAGGAGGGACUGAGACAGGAGCUGGAGUCUCUGAGAGCCCUCCUGUCUGAGAGGGAAACUAUGAUCAGGACCCUGCAGGAGAACAACCACCGCCUGUCUAACUCAGCCCAGGCGUCAGAGAGCGAGCAGCGCGGCCAGGCCGACGAGGCCAGACAGGUCAGAGAGAGACUGGACGCUCUGCAGCGCUCUGUCAGGGAGAAAGACCUGCUCAUCAAGACUAAAGGAGAUCAACUCAACCAGGUGAGUGAGAGCCUGAGGAACCGUGAAAGCGACAACGAGGUGUUAAAACAGGCCGUGACCAACCUGAAGGAGCGAGCCCUUAUCCUGGAGAUGGAUACCAGGAAGCUAAAGGAUGAGAACGAGGCUGUGGCCCAGCGGAGCAGGGAGAAGGAGUCAGAGUUCAGAGCCCUGCAGGAGACCAACAUGCAGGUGUCCCUCCUCAUGAGGGAGAAGGAGUUUGAGAGGAGCGCCGUGUCGGAGAAGGCUGCCGCCAUGGAGAAGAUGCUCAAGGACAGAGAACAGGGCAACAGUCAAAAGUCUGGGGAGCUGAACCAACUCCUGAAUGAGCUGAGGUCCAUGCAGGAGAAAGCUGUGGCCUUCCAGCAGGAGAGGGACCAGGUCAUGCUGGCGCUCAAACAGAAACAGAUGGAGACCACAGCCGUACAGACAGAGCUGCAGCAUGUGAAGGACAGAGAGCAGCGGUUGAAGUUGGAGCUGGAUCGGCUACGUAACCACCUGCUGGAGAUAGAGGACUCCUACACACGGGAGGCCCUGGGCGCCGAGGACAGGGAGGCGGAGCUACGUAGGAGAGUCACGCUAUUGGACGACAGACUGGCCACUUCCUCCAGUCAGGUGGAGAGCACCAGCCACCAGGCGUCUCUCCAGGUGGAAUCUCUCCAGGAGCAGCUGAGUGGAACAGUGAGGCAGAGAGACGAGGCCUUGAUCCAGCUCAGAGUAGCACAGGACCAGGUCAACCAGUACGCAGUGUCCCUGUCCAACCUCCAGAUGGUGCUAGAGAACUUCCAGCAAGAGGAGAAAGCGAUGUAUUCGUCAGAGCUUGAUAAGUACAAGAGGGAGAAGGACGAGUGGAGGAGAAAAGCUCUUCAACUGGAGGACCGAGCCUCUGCUCUACAGAUCAAUCUAGAUGAGGCUAAUGCAGCUCUGGACUCAGCCUCCAGACUCACUGACCAGCUGGACCUAAAGGAAGAACAGCUUGAAGAGCUCAAGAAACAAGUGGACGUGAGGCAGGAGAUGUUGGAAGAGGCUCAGGACAAGUUGAUGAACCUUCUGAAUAGCACCGAGGGUAAAGUAGACCAGGCUCUGAUGCGGAACCUGUUCAUGGGGUACUUCCACACCCCAAAACCCAAACGCGCCGAGGUGCUGAGGCUCAUGGGUAGUGUCCUGGGACUGGACAAGGAUGAGGUCAACCAGAUGUUGGAGGAGGAGGGAGGCCAUGGUGCCGGAGGCUGGGUGUCCAGCUGGUUGGGAGGCAGAGCUGUACAGAGUGUCCCCAACACACCACAGAGACCUGGAGCAUCCCAGGAGGGCUUCAACAACUCAUUCUCUGAGAUGUUUGUGAAGUUCCUGGAGGUGGAGUCUAGGCCGGCGCUCCCUGCCCCCAGACUUCCUGUCUAUGACAUCAAACCUCUCAGUGCCCCGCCCCCUGGGAGGACCACCAGCUCAGCCUGGGCUCAACAUCCAGAAGGAGGGGCGGCAGCCGGCAGGGGACAGAGAGCAGCCGGGGAGUCCAACCCUUUCCUGGCUCCCCGCUCUGCGGCCGUACCACUGAUGCAUCAUGGGAGUGGUAGUUCCAGUGUGUCGGGGGGAGGACACCACCACCACCUCCUAAUGAAACCCAUCUCAGACAACCUGCCUACCUUCACCCCCGUGCCCGUCUCUGCUGAGAGCGGAGGGCAGGUGCUCAAAGACUUACUCAAGCAGUGAUUGGAGCCACGGCCUGUCACUCAAAGCUCCUCGUCCAAUCAGGAGUGUUGACACUACAUAGACUGAGAUGAAGGGAGCAGGAACAUUAUAACAGUGUGCUCCUUUCUUUCUUCCAACUUCCACACAGGAUGAUGGUUUUACUAACUUCCACACAGGAUGAUGGUUCUACUGACUUCCACACAGGAUGAUGGUUCUACUAACUUCCACACGGCAGGACAUGUCAGGCAGACCCUCUCUGAUUUACUGUCAGUUUGUCGUCUUAUUCUUUAGAAGGGGUCGACGUUUCAUUGGCACUAUUAAAGGGGCAAUCUGUGUCGGUACAUACGUUUUUUUGGUUGUUUGAACUACAGAUUGCUGCUUUUAAGGAGAUGAGGUAGAAUCAGGACUUGCUGUUCAAUGUCCCUCCCACUCACUCGGUCUUUCUGCCACAGUAUUGUUACUGUUUAUGCAUUGAACAACGAGGGGAACUUGUGUGUGUGUGACUCCUGUGUAUAGCUGUGUAACGUGUGUGAGUGAGGAAGAACAUCUCGGGCGUACUACUAAAUAUGACCGCUUGAACCAAUUGAGGAUGUAGGAGUUUCUUCAUUUUUAUGUUUUUGUUUUCUUUUAUUUUAGCCAUAGGACUUCAGUAUAAUCUGUCUGAUCCGGCAAAAUGGCACCCUAAUCUACCUACCAGAACCUUGGUCAAAUGUAAUGCACUAUAGGGAAUAGGGUACAAUUUGGGACGCAUUAUAUAACACUGCUGUAUGUAUUAAACAUACAGUGCUAUUAUAUAAUUAUAUAUAUAUAUUAAUAUUAAUAUGUGUGUAAAUGGGUGGUAUUUUUCAUAUUUGUAGACACUUAAGGCAGUUCUGAAAGUACUGUCUAAAGCGCCUACCAAUUUUGCUAUUAAGAUAGGUAUGUGAUUUUGGUUUGUAAAUUAUAAAUAAUAUAUAUUUACAAAGUUGUAAAAACAACAACUGCACAUUAAAAAGCUUUACCUGAUGUC